AUGGGGAGUUUCAAUGAAGAUGUGUUAAAUGACCAUACAUAUGUUGAUAUUGGUCAAAUUGCAGUAGACAUUGAAGAUAGUUCAGAUUCAGAGUUGGAUGAAGUAAUUGAAGAAAAUGAUGAAAACGAAGAACCUAUAAUUAAUUAUGAAGCCGGAAACUUACAACGUAAUCGCACAUAUAGAAUCAUACCAGGAGUACACAAUAACUCGAAAAUAUAUAUUGACAAUUUAUUUUAUAAAUAUUAUAAGAAAAGUAUUGCAGGGAAUAAAAUGUAUUUGAUUUGUGAAAAACAAAGGAAUAAAAAAGUGGAACAAUAUUGUCCAGCAACAGCUAUUAUUAACAUAAACAAUGAAGGGAAUUAUCUAGACCUUCAGCCUGGUGGACAAAACCAUGAAGCUGUUCAGUUAGACAUGGAUAUGCCAUUCUUGAGGCAAGCUGUUGGUAAACGAUCAACAACAAUAGGCGCUAUGUCUUUGCCAAUCAGGCAUAUCUAUAACGAAGAAAUCAUUAGUCAUCCCCAUGGAAGCUGGGGAUAUACGUUCCAACAAGUGCAGCUUAGAUGCAAAAGAAUGCGGAACCGCCGAAGACCGAAAAUUCCUGAAACAAUUCAAGAAUUGGUCAACUUAUUGAAUAUGCAAGAGCACAGUGAAUACUCCACAACAAUACAGGAACCACCAUCAGCAUUCUUCCAACAGGCAUUAAUUUUGGAAGGAGUGUAUGUAGGAGCCAUUUUUGCCAACAUACAUUUCAUUCAAAGAUUCAGCGAGGAAUUUCAAUUAGUCAAGUCUGCAGGAUGUGAUGGCACCUUUAAAACGGUUCCAAGUACACCCAAACAAUUGAGAAGAGGAUCCUUAAUGACGUUCCAUGUUGUGUACAAAAAUGUUUCUUUCCCGAUGGUGUAUGCACUCUUAACCAGUGCCACAGAAGAGACAUAUAUUGCAUUCUUUCAAAUAGUCCGUAAUUUACUUCCAUUGAAUUAUGGUAAUUUAACAAUCAUUACUGAUUAUGAACGUGGGUUGAUGAAUGCAGUUACAAUAGUGUUUCCUGAAAGUCGGUUACAAUGUUGCUGGUUCCAUUUCUGUCAAUCAAUUGUAAGAUACUGUCGUCGAAAAAAUAAUUUAGUAUAUGACCUCAUAAAGACAAAUGUUAUAGCUGCUAAUGUGUUGCGCAUGGUAAUGAAUUAAAUUAUAUUACCUAUUUUUAAAAUGAAAGUAUUAACACCCAUGAUUUAGAUAUUAGCACUGGCCCAUCUACCAGCUACCAGAGGUCAUGCAGAUUGCCAACAAUUUUGUAUAGAAGAUGGCUUUAUAGAAAUUGUAGCCUAUACCCAGCAGUAUCCAGAUAUUUACAAUGGCAUGCGAACAUUUUUAUUUGAGUAUGUUUGCUCAAACACAUAACUAAUGAUAAAUACGAAGUUUCCAUUCUAAAUGAAAUUAAAAAUUAAGAUGAAGGCAUUAAUAUUAUGCAUUAAUAUUAAU